CUGCAGAAAAAUGGCAGUCGACUACUUUAAGCAUGAGAAGAUCUGGUUUGAGAAAUACAAGUAUGAUGAUGCUGAGAGAAGAUACUAUGAGCAGAUGAACGGGCCAGUUGGCAGCUCUUCACGCCAGCAGGAGAACGGAGCCAGCACGAUCCUACGCGACAUUGCCAGAGCCAGGGAGAAUAUCCAGAAAUCGCUGGCCGGAAGUGCAAGCACAACCUCUUCUGGGCCUGCUGGUGACCAAAAUGAACUUCUUUCCAGAAUUUCUCACCUGGAGGUAGAAAAUCAAAACCUUCGGAGUGUUGUUGCAGACCUUCAGACAGCUAUCUUCAAGUUGGAAAGCCGCCUGAAUGCUCUGGAAAAGUCAUCUACCUCCCACCAGCCCUCACCGGUUCCUCCAACCCAGAAAGUGGAACCAUUCAGUGUUCCCUCCAAGAAAGUGGAGCUCCCAUCUGCUUCACUGGCAAAGAAAGUUGAGCCAGCUGCUGCAGAGGAAGAUGAUGAUGAUGACAUUGACCUUUUUGGUAGUGAUGAUGAUGAGGAAGACCAAGAGGCUGCCAAAGUCCGAGAGGAGAGACUGCGUCAGUACGCAGAGAAGAAGGCCAAGAAACCGGGUCUUAUUGCCAAGUCUUCUAUCCUUCUGGAUGUGAAGCCAUGGGAUGAUGAGACUGACAUGGCGAAGGUGGAGGAGUGUGUCCGGUCCAUCCACAUGGAUGGGCUGGUGUGGGGAGCCUCCAAGCUGGUCCCAGUAGGCUAUGGCAUUAAGAAGCUCCAAAUCCAAUGCGUAGUGGAGGAUGACAAAGUUGGAACAGACAUCCUGGAGGAGGAGAUCACCAAGUUUGAAGACUACGUGCAGAGCGUUGACAUCGCUGCUUUCAACAAGAUCUAGAAGCAAAACUGUAUCCCCUCCGAAACUGUAACUAAUAAAGAUCGAGACUGGGAGUG